GAUGUUUUGAGAAAUGCAGUCAACAAUACAGCCUCACAGAAACAAGCCAGUUUCCAAGCAUGCUUUGAAUUGGUUUUAUUUGUAAUCACAUGAUGUGAAGUGUCAUAUGACAUGGAGACGGACACGCUCAUUUUUGACUCACUUUCCCGGCGUGAUAACUUUACCAUUGUACAGAAGUUGGAGUGAAGCUUGGAUUUCGGAUUAAUUGCUGUUGUCUUAUUCACAAUUAAACAGCUCACUCAAAAUGAAGAGCUAUCAUCUGUUAUGGUGUCCAUCUUUAGCCGCUGCUUACUUGUUCGGAGUAGCGCUCAGUCAGACCACAAUCGGCCCCUCGGUUACAAACACUACAGACACCAGUGACUCUUCAUUGACCACCGUCCUUCCUCCUGCCUGCGGUGCAGUGAACAUAUCAUCCUGUGUGGCAUGUGCCCCAGGAACCCGCUACAACAAUGACACUCUGAACUGUUCUUGCUGUUCAGCCUCUGGCCUGUGUGAAUCUCAGGGAGACUGUCUGCCCUGCCCCCGAGGGCUCUACCAGCCUGUAGCAGCCCAGGAGUUCUGUAUCCCCUGUUCACAGGGCUUCUACACAAAUUCAACAGGAAGUCUGGUGUGUCAGGCCUGUCCACCAGGCUUUUACACAAACGCCACUGGGACCGCUGUGUGCAAAGGGUGUGCACCAGGUUAUUACACAUCUCAGCAAAAUGCGACCUCGUGUGAGCCUUGCCCAAAGGAGACAUUCUGCAACACUUCAAGCUGUGUGCGGUGCCGGGAAUGUCCUCUCGGGAAGGAGUCUCUGCAGAUCGCCUCUAUAGAGUGUACACCGUGCCGGCCAGGUAUGCACAGGAGUCCUGAGGAGAGCAUGUGCCAGAUCUGCAGUGUCGGCUAUUACCAGAUCAAGUGGGGGCAGGAGAGGUGUGAGAUGUGCCCCGAGGAACACUACUGCCCUAGCCCUGACGUGAAUCCGAUCAAGUGUCCGAACGAUGCCUUCUGUCCUGAGGGCAGCACCUCGCCUGGAUACUGCAUGGAGACCUUCUUCAGGAAGUCUGGAGAGACGUGUGAGCUGGCGCCCGCCUCCAUCGCUCUGCUGGUCAUCGCAGCCGGAAUGGCGCUCCUGUUUGUGAUCCUGCUGAUCCUGAGGCGGAGGAAGGAGUCUGACACUGAGCUGGCCGUGUCGCGGGCCCCGCUGCUGUGUAAGGACCGGCCGCUGGGCCGGGUGUAUGGCAUGGCCUGGGACUCCGAGCCUGUCUACGCUGGCUGGUAGAAUAUGAAACAUGUUCCCCAAGCUCUGGAGCAUUUUUUUUUUUUUUUAUAUAUAAAAAUAAAUAAGUUAAUAUCUCUUCCGAAUGCCUGGAACAAACCGAGACCCACACGACCACACGAGAGAUUUUCUUUGUGAAGUUUUUUGCAAUAAGAGAACUGCAGACUGUAACAACACUUACUGUUCUGUAAAUGGUUGCAUUCUGAACUUACCCUCACCUUGUAGUUUUUUUUUGUUUUUUACUGUGACUGCACUGAAAUACCACUCGAGUCUUAAUCGUGUCAGUUCUGAACAUUGAAUUUUGAGUGUUAUUGUUUCUAAUGUGGAAGUCAUUUUAAGCACCUUGUUUUUUCAAAGUUCCUGAUUUAAAAGUGCUUGCCUCUUUAUUUUGUAUUUUAUUUAUUUUUUACACCUAAGAGCUGCAGUCUCUUAAGCUAUGCGUGUUUGCUUGAGUGUGUGUUUGAACAGCUGAUAAAAACAUAUUUUGUGCUUGACUUUAGACAUGGCAUGCCUGUUUAUUUCCAGCAAUAUAGAUUUAAUAUAAAUGUAAAUCUAUAAAAUUACAUUCCCUUUUUCUAAUCCAUGGCUGUUCUGUUCAGAAUUAAAACACUACUACCUAAUUCAAAUGUUAUCGGCUCUCUUGCUUAAUUCCAGCAAUUCCUGUUUAACUGUGAUAAAGUGAGUCGUGCAGUGAAAUAAAAGUGCAUUUAUACCAGA